GGUACAACUUGGGUACAGGAAAUUGUCUGGCAGAUCUACAACGAGGGAGCAAUCAGCAGUGAAAAGCAAAUGUUUCGUUUCCCAUUCUUUGAAGCUUCCGCGUGCAAUGCUGACAAGCAGAUGUUUGUUGAUUUUAAACUCUACCAAGUCCUCGCCUGAUAAAGACCCACCUCACCCACAACACUACUCCAAGAAGUGCAAAUAAAGAUGCUCAGUGUAAAUACAUUUACGUCGCUCGGAGUCCAAAGGAUGUGGCAGUGUCAUAUUUUCAUUUCACGGAGCAUUUUAAAAAGAUUGGAAUGAGUGAUUUCAAUGGCCCAUGGGAAUUUUGUUGCAAGUUGUUUAUAGAAGGAAAGGCAGGUAAAUCAGUGAAAUAUAUCAGAACAAAAACUUUUGUCACAUUUUUAGGAAGAAGCACUUCUUAAUCCGCCCGGUUUCCAUAGCGAUUAUAUUGAAACCACUCUUCAGCGAUCGCAGCGACAACGAUCGCUGAGAUAGAUCGUUUUCUAUCUCAUAUGAUGUCUUAAAAGUUAUAAAUUUUCAAAACCCACCCGGUCUAUCUCUUAUUCUAAAUAUCUCCAGUAAAAUAACUCAGGUAACUUAGUCUCGGGGAUUAAUCAAAAAUAUUGGCCUCGCCUUAAGUGAAUAAUCGUCAAAUAUAGGCAUUUUUUGGAAACAUAAGGAACCAAAGACGACAAGUCCAAAGACUUCUGCAAAGCUGAUUCAUAACAACGUGUAUUGUUUUUUUAUAACAAUAUUUCUGCAUGCCAUACCAGCCUUCUUCAGGUUUACAGAAGGCUGGUAUAGCCAGCCGAAAUAUUGUUAUGAAAAAACAAUACACGUUGUUAUGAAUCAGCUUUGCAGUAGUCUUUGGACUUGUCGUCUUUGGUUCUUGAUAUUUUGGCUGAUUAGAUCUCUUUUCUAGAGAUCCAACAUUUUUAACUAGCAGGAUCUUCGUCCACGGUUUUUGCAGUUAAUUUAAUCCUUUAUUAUAUAAAACAUAGCCUGCGUAGCAGGCGUCGAAAGGGGUAGGGGAUAGGGAGGAAGGGAAAUAGGGAGGGGCCACGCAGGCUAUAUAUUCACACCAUAAUGCCAGUUUUGUUUUGUGAAGUUGCCUAUCGGCGCCUGGAAUGAUCAUGUUCUUGGCUGGUGGAAACAUAAGGAUGAUCCUAAUGUCUUGUUUCUCAAAUAUGAAGAUUUACACAAGGUAAUGUUCUCUUACAAUAAUAACUCGAUAACUCUUAGCUCGGUGGCUAGUUUGAUAUCUUAUACGCCUGCCGGAGAUUGAAUCCUGACUAUGUGAGGGGGUGGAGGGAAGUCAAGACAAGACAAUAUUUAAUAUUUAUAUUUAUUUCUUUCUCAGGAUCAACUCGGGAAGAGUUUGGGCGGGAAAUUCUACUUUGGAGCUUGGACUAGGCUCGAUUUCCGGGGGAGUACUCCCUAUAAUUGCCUGUACGUGGAGGCUCCACUCGAAAGGGGAGCCUUUUUACGCGUCAGGUAUGUAAAAGGGUAGGGAUUUCACUAGCAAGUACGCAAGCAAUCAAGAGGUUUGGACUUGGGGGCGGAGCCUUCCCGUAUAAAACUUUCUUGAGUAUCUCCCGGUGCUCAAUUACCAGCCGCUGUUUGAGAAAUGUGAGGGCGGCGGAAAUGGAGCCUAACUUUGGUUAAAAUUUUAGAAGGACUUGCAAUGGAAUGAUUCGCUUUUCUAGGAAAAGGCCAAUAUGUAAUGAAGAAUCUCUUUGAGGAUUUUGAAACGCUCGAAUAGUCAAGAUAAUAUAAUGAAUCGAAGUAAAAUUCUCUACUAAACACAGCCUGCGAGAAAAGUAGUGUUUGCUUCUCUCAAAUUCAUUCUUUUAGUAUCUUAGGGAGAUAGUUGAUACUAAAAGUUUUUCAAGUAAUCUUUAAGUUAUCUAAGUCAUCUAUAAUGAACACUCCAGCCGAAAAUAUGGAUACUGCGACCUUAAACUACUACCCCGUUAAAAAGAAAUAACUAUAUAUGACUAUGGAGGAGUUUCUAGGGGAUUACAUCCCUGUCCGGGACUCAGAUCGUUUUUCUUUGUCCCCUACGUACUAUCGCAAAUUUUGAAAGCAGUCAAGUGCUGUUUGAUUAGAACUAAAAUUAAUUAAAUAACUUUAAAAAAACUAACCAACUUCCUCUGAACCUCAAUGAAAAUUAAAUCUAAACAAUACAACUGUCAUUCCUCCUAGGAUCUACCGUCCCAUGUACGAAUAAUUGCGAAUUUCCUGAACAAGCCGCUCUCAGAUGAACUCAUCAAUCGUAUUGCAGAGCAGUGCACUUUCAAGGGGAUGAAAGAAAAUGAGAACAGCUACAAGACAAGGGACGACGUUCAGAGUUCGCCGUUUUUACGGAAGGGCGUGGUCGGAGGUUGGAAAAGUUACUUCACUCCAGAACUGAAUGAGAGAUUUGAAAAGGAAGUGUUGGGAAAAAUAAAAGGAACUGGAUUAGUGUUUGAUUUUGAGAUAUAG